AUGGACGGUUCUCAACCUUGCACUAUUUUAGGAACACAUCAAAGACUCGGAAGGCAGAGAACAAGCGGCAUGAUAGAUCUAAAAUGCAAACAAGCCGCUAGACAUUUUGAAAUCACAUUUUUAUUGGUUCGCAUCAAAGGUCGCAUCGAAGCUAUCCAAGAAGGCCUGGAUUGCUUCAACCCUAUCAGCGAGCUGGCUUUAGCUCCGCCCACAUCUAUUACUGCGCCUACCGAUUUUUCGAGUGUCCUCGAACCAGAAGAUAUCGAUGUCGAUGGCCCGCUUGAGCCAGCCGAUACUGAUGUAUCAGCUGAGACCCUAAUUAUGCCUGACAGCAAUGAUCUUUGGGAGGGCCUUGACGAGCCCCCAAUAUUGCAACUGGAUACCUUAACCUCGACUACUCCGACUCUCAAUUCUGCAAUUCAGAGCUGGGGGCAGGAUUUUCGUGAUGCUUGUGCAGAGCUCCAUAUGCUGCAUGAGCGAUACCGUGAUGUGCCUAUCAUGGCACUCACCACAACCGCGAACAAUCCCGCGAUCCAGGAUAUUUGUACAUGCUUAGGUCUACAUGACCCCUUAUGCCUGAUGCAGUCUUUCAACUGCCCCAACCUGUAUAGCAACGUAACAUCGGUCACGUGGCCCCCCUAUCAUUUUCCCUUCAUCCUCGCCCUCACCAUCUACCGGCUUGUCCUCCUUUACCGACUUUCUGUUGACUGGAUCCUCGGGACCGUUCCCGUCCCUCACAUUGUCCGCCUCUAUGCACGUGCAUGCACGUUCCUCCAUUGA